AUGGAAUUAUCCCCUACUUAUCAAACAGAACGCUUCACAAAGUUCUCAGACACUUUAAAGGAAUUCAAAAUUGAACAAAAUAAUGAGCAAAACCCCAUUGACCCGUUUAACAUCAUAAGAGAGUUUCGCUCAGCCGCGGGGCAGCUUGCGUUAGAUUUGGCUAAUUCUGGAGAUGAAAGUAACGUCAUAUCUUCUAAGGAUUGGGAACUGGAAGCUAGAUUUUGGCAUUUAGUAGAACUGUUACUGGUUUUCAGGAACGCUGAUCUUGAUCUAGAUGAAAUGGAACUUCAUCCUUAUAACUCGAGGGGUUUAUUUGAAAAGAAAUUAAUGCAAGACAACAAACAACUUUAUCAAAUAUGGAUAGUGAUGGUUUGGCUCAAAGAAAAUACAUAUGUGAUGGAAAGACCCAAAAAUGUACCAACUUCAAAAUGGUUAAAUAGUAUUACUUCUGGAGGAUUGAAAAGCUGUGACUUGGAUUUUCCUUUACGAGAAAACACUAAUGUCCUCGAUGUUAAAGAUAAAGAAGAAGAUCAUAUUUUCUUCAAAUACAUUUACGAACUAAUUUUGGCCGGUGCGAUUGAUGAAGCAUUAGAAGAAGCUAAACUUUCCGACAAUAUUUCAAUUUGUAUGAUCCUGUGUGGGAUACAAGAGUACUUAAACCCUGUCAUUGAUACGCAAAUUGCAAACGAAUUCAAUACCCAGCAAGGUAUCAAGAAGCACUCUUUGUGGAGAAGAACAGUUUACAGCCUUUCGCAGCAGGCCGGUUUGGACCCUUAUGAAAGGGCGAUAUACAGCUAUUUGAGUGGCGCUAUUCCCAACCAAGAAGUUCUGCAAUAUUCGGAUUGGGAGUCUGAUCUGCACAUACACUUAAAUCAAAUUUUACAAACUGAAAUUGAAAAUUAUCUUUUGGAAAACAAUCAAGUAGGUACUGAUGAACUGAUUUUACCAUUACCUUCACACGCGCUAACUGUACAAGAGGUGCUUAAUAGAGUGGCUUCAAGGCAUCCCUCAGAAAGUGAACAUCCAAUCAGAGUUUUAAUGGCAUCUGUCAUACUAGAUUCUUUGCCAUCAGUUAUUCAUUCAUCCGUGGAAAUGUUGCUUGAUGUCGUCAAGGGAACCGAAGCUAGUAACGAUAUUAUAGAUAAGCCUUAUCUUCUGAGGAUAGUUACACAUUUAGCCAUUUGCCUUGAUAUAAUUAAUCCAGGUUCUGUUGAAGAGGUUGAUAAGUCCAAGCUCAUUACUACGUAUAUCAGUCUUCUGAAAUUGCAAGGCCUUUAUGAAAAUAUUCCAAUAUAUGCUACUUUCCUGAAUGAGUCAGACUGCUUAGAGGCAUGCUCUUUCAUAUUGUCUUCUUUAGAGGACCCCCAAGUAAGGAAAAAGCAAAUUGAGACAAUAAACUUUCUAAGAUUACCUGCCUCAAAUAUUUUGAGAAGAACCACACAGCGUGUUUUCGAUGAAACCGAACAAGAAUAUUCACCAUCUAACGAAAUUUCCAUAUCUUUCGAUGUAAACAACAUUGAUAUGCACUUAAUAUAUGGCGUGGAAUGGCUUAUUGAAGGGAAGCUUUAUGUGGACGCUGUCCACUCUAUCAUUGCCUUAUCGAGGAGAUUUUUGUUAAAUGGCCGCGUAAAGGCUCUCGAACAAUUUAUGGAGAGAAAUAAUAUUGGAGAAAUAUGCAAGAAUUAUGAAUUAGAGAAAAUAGCCGAUAACAUAUCAAAGGAUGAAAAUGAAGAUCAGUUUUUGGAAGAAAUAACUCAAUAUGAGCAUUUGAUAAAGGGCAUAAGAGAAUAUGAAGAAUGGCAAAAAUCCGUUAGCUUGUUAAGCUCUGAAUCGAACAUUCCUACUUUAAUAGAGAAAUUGCAAGGUUUUUCAAAGGAUACAUUUGAAUUGAUCAAGACAUUUUUAGUAGAUUUAACUUCCUCUAAUUUCGCGGAUUCGGCAGAUUAUGAAAUCCUGUAUGAGAUUAGAGCCCUAUAUACUCCAUUUCUACUGAUGGAAUUGCAUAAAAAGUUAGUGGAAGCCGCAAAGUUGUUAAAGAUCCCAAAAUUUAUUUCGGAAGCCCUGGCAUUUACCUCAUUGGUCGCUAAUGAGAACGACAAGAUUUAUUUAUUAUUCCAAUCUAGUGGAAAGUUAAAAGAGUAUCUGGAUCUCGUUGCUCGCACAGCAACCCUUUCGAACUGA